AUGGAAGAAGAUAUGGCCAGAGGUAUCCAAGGAUUCUCAGGAGAAGAGCCUAUCGUUGACCAAAUUGUCAACUUAAUCGAUACAACAGGACUAGGUGAUGUAGAUGAGCAAGAUAUUAAGGAGUUACUUGAGGUUUCUGAUGAGAGUCUUAAACAACCUUUGAGAACAGGAAUAUAUGGACACUCUAGUGUGUAUCAUUCACAAACUAAAUCAAUAUUUGUUUUUGGGGGAAUAAUAUAUAAUGUUAAAGGUGCUACAAUCUCCGGUGAUUUGUAUACACUUCAUUAUCCAACUGGCAGAUGGUCAAAAUUACCACCUAACCAACCUGAUUCCAAUCCUCCUCCACGUAGUCUUCAUGCUGCUGUUUUAACAGACGAUUACAUGCUUAUCCUUGGUGGUCGAAAUGAAAAGUUUGAAUUAGUGGGCGAAACUUACGUUUAUAUAUUCAAAUGUAAUUUAUGGAUCUGCUUAGAAAAAGAAAAUGUUUCUGUUGUGGGAGAACCAUUGCCGCCAGUAUCUGGACUUUCAGCUACGUCAUUUUCAAGAAGCUUUUAUAUUUUUGGAGGUUUCAAUGGAGAAACAAGUGACCGUUUGACAAAAUUAACUUUACCGGAUGACAUUUGUCAUUUGUUUUCAAAGAAACAGUCAGAGUGCAUUCGUUACACAGGCUGUUCAUAUUGUUCCGUGAUGGAAAAUAAUGUGAGCCGUACAUUUUGCUAUUCUGAAUAUGGAAGCAUUCCUUACAAUUGUGAUAAUCCAAAAGGACGACUAAACAUUAUUACAGAUACAGACUGUAAUUUAGAAUGGAUGGAAAGACGAGAUUGCUAUCAAUACAAAACGUGUAUGGAUUGUGUUGCAGUUUGGCCAUUCUUUCCAAAUGCUAAACAGUUAUGCAAGUGGUGUUCAAAUUGUCAAAGAGGAAUAUGCAUUCCAGCUUCAGCUUCCUGUGAAGUAGAAAAUGAUUGCAAAAUUUCACAGCGUGCCAUAAAUCAGUCGUCAUUUUGUCCAAUAAGAGAAUGCUUAGCAUCAGACUGUGAAAAAUGUGGAAGUCUGCCAAACUGUACAUGGACACGCCAAGUUGAAAGAUCAGGUGGUGAAUGGAAGCAUACUUUAAAAGAUAAACCAAUAUUUAAUUGGACUUGUGUGGGAAAAACAAUCCAAGGUGCAUCUUCAUUUCCCGUAGAAUCGAUGCCUCCAUUAACUUGUCCUCCUCGAUGCAGUCAGCAUAGAAAUUGCAGUACUUGUUUACAAAGUGCUGGUGGAGAAGGAGGUUGGCACGAGUGCAGAUGGAGCGAAGGAUUACAACAAUGCAUUUCUCCAAGUUUUGAAUUACUACAAUGUGAAGGAGGGGCUUGUGGAGCUGUAUUACAAGGUUCCAGUUCCUAUUGUCCCGUACCCUGCUGGCACCAUAGCCAAGCAGCUCACUGCUUGUCAUAUCCUAACUGUGGAUGGUGUGCUUUCUCGGGCAAGAAAGUCAAUGGUCGAGGCAUCUGUAUGGAAGGUUGGAUAAAACAUCCAACGGAUGGAAAAUGUUAUGAAAAUCAUGUAUAUUUAAUUGAUCAUCCACUUCCUGAAAAUGUCACCAGAUGGUUAAAUCAAUCUGAUGGUCCAGUUUAUUGGGCAUAUCUUAAACAACCACCAGAAAAUGAAUGUCUUAAUGGUCAUCAUAACUGUGAUGACAAACAGCAUCAAGAAUGUGUUGAUACAGAAGAAAAAUUUGAAUGUAAAUGCAAACAAGGAUAUGUAAAUGAUGGCAAACAAUGUAAACCAGUAUGUAAUCAGGGAUGUAUGUUUGGAACUUGUGUAGAACCAAAUAAAUGUAAAUGUCAUUUUGGUUAUGUUGGACAUAAUUGUUCAAUACAAUGUGAUUGUAAUGGACAUAGUAAUUGUGCAGGUCCUGAUCGUCUUAAUGAUUGUUUAAAAUGCCAUAAUAAUACACAGGGAUCACAAUGUCAAAAAUGCAAACCAUUUUUUGUUGGAAAUCCCACAAAUGGUGGAAAGUGCAUUCCUUGUAAAGUAUAUUGUAAUGGACACAGUGAUUUAUGCUUUAGCUCAGAUUUCCUAAAUUCCUCUCUGCUGAGUUCACUCAGCAAUCACUGGGAUCAAUAUCUUAUGUCUGAAUACUUAGAAUUAGUAAAAGAAGGACCCAAGGAUGAUGCAAUUUGUAUAAAUUGUCAAAAUAAUACUGAAAAUAAUAGAUGUGAUCAAUGUAUUUCUGGAUUUUUUAAAAUUGGAGAUAAUAUAAAAGAGGGUUGUAGACCUUGUGAAUGUCAUGGCCAUGGAGAUAUGUGCAAUUCCAUAAAUGGCGAAAAUUGUAAUUGCCAAAAUAAUACAGAAAAUGAUAGACAAUGCAGUCAAAAGAAUAGCAAAAAUAUGGUGACCCCAUGUUGGCAAUUACAGGUAUGUAUGUAUAGGAAUCCAUGAUAUUUUCUUAGAGAAUGAAAAGUUUUGAAUUUUAUUAUGUUAAUGUAAAAUAUGGAGCACAAAAAGAUGUACAAGUAUCUGACCUACAAGACCUGUGAAACUAACAGUUCAUUCCAUACCUUUUCUGCUUGUUAAUAGAGGGAUAAUCUUCUAUCCAAGGAAGAAAGUACUAUUGCUGCCAAUUAUCUUGAUCUCAAGUUUUCUUUUGAAUUCUGAAACUAUCAGAAAUUUUUCUUAUUUAUAGAGAUUUAUAAAACUAAAUAGUUCUAUAAAUCUCUUCCAAAUAUGAAUCAAUCCUUAAAAUUUGUAUCAUAAUUCCAGAAAAUAAUUUUCAAGAUCUUAAGUCAUUUCAAAUCCUUUAUUUAUUCUGUUGAUACCAAGUAUUGAAGUUGGAUUUUCAGUCAUGUCUAUGAAUUUAUCUUUGGAAUGGACAGAAAAUUUAACAAAUUCUCCAUUUUAAAAGGACUCAAAUCACAAAAUUCAUAUCCUAGUUAAUAUGCAAUUUUUUCAAAUUUUGGAUAUUGCACCUCUGUUGAUGGAAUAUCAUUACCACUCAAAACUACUACUGUUCAUAUCGUUUUUACAAAGUGCUAACAGACAUUUAAAUGUUAAAUGAGUUGCUAAUUGUAUUAUUUACAUAAAAUUUAAAAUUGUAAAUUUUUUCAAAAACUUUGAUGAUACUAACAAGGAGGACUACCAGAGAUGGUUUCCUCUAAUUUUGCUGAGUUUUAUCUCUAUCAUAGUACUCUCCCAUUACUAUGUGAUAAAAGCCACUUGAAGCAACUCUCAAGCAUUCUUGAAAAAAAUUAGUUUAAAGUUUUCUGUUUUCCAUGUUUGCCAUGUAUUGACAAUUGUCAGCAGUGGGUAAUGUGCUUAAUCAUUAUGCUGCAAGUUACAGGUUUGAAUCUUAUUAUUAUUAGUUUUUUCUAACCUACAUGGAAUCAGAUUAUU